AUGUCGUCUCCUAUUCGCCGAAAGUGUUUUACAAUCGAAGAGAAAAGUGCCAUAAUUCAGCGCCUAGAAGCAGGUGUCUCCAACGCCGAAAUUUCCAAAGAAUUCGGCGUCGGCCAUUCCACGGUUUCUGCUAUUUGGAAAAAUAAAAACCGAAUCGAAGAACUAGUCCAAAGAAAUGUAUUAAAUUUGAAAAGAAUCCGGGGGCCCACGCAAGUACAAAUAGACCAGGCCUUGUUGCAAUGGGCCCAGGAGCAGCAGAAUCAGGGGAUUCCCGUGAAUGGGCCGAUGUUAAGGAAAAAGGCGCAGUUUUUUGCUGCACAAUUGAAUAUGCAGGAUUACGUGUGCACACCGAGCUGGAUAAAUCGAUUUAAGGCCAGGCAUAACUUAAAAUUUGGUAAGAAUAAAAAUGAUGGUGCAUCUGGGGACUGGUUGAAACAAAUUUGGCCGAAUUUGCGAGCCAAGUUUGCUGAUGACCAAAUUUUCAUCGCUGCGGGUACUGAAUUUGAUAGACAAGAUAAAAAAUGUAGUUUUAUGGUUUCUGCCAAUAUUAACGGAACUAUCAAGAAAAAUUUGUUGUAUGCUAGCAACUGGGAAGAGUUUGCUCAUCCUAAAGGGACAACUGUUGAUUAUAAUUCUGAACUCACUAAAUGGCUACAAAUUUGGAAUCGCGAUUUGUGCACCGAUAACAAUAACAUUUUGCUGUUAGUGGAUAGUAGCACAAAUCCCCCUCCAAUUUUAGGUUUAUCCAAUAUCACCUUAACUCCUGUACCUGAUGCAAUCAUCCAACCUGUCCAGCAAGGCAUUACAAGCACUUUAAAAUCCAAAGUCCUGGACGCCACUUCUAACACUGAUAUCAUAUCAAUUUUAUCCGAAUCUUGGCAAAAACUACCAGACUCAGUAAUAUCUGAUUUAUCCAAAAGCGCCGGAUUUUUAUCACCCACAGAUUUGGAAGAUUAUGAUCCUUUAUCGUUUUGCGAGACAACUGAAGACUCCUGCAAACCGGAAGAAAUUUCUGCAGAACAUUUGGAUAGUCCGGAAAUUAAAUCGGAAUCGGAAAUUGAUAUCCAAACUGGUCCGACUAUCGAAGAAGCCUUGAAGGCUGCGGAGACUUUAAAUAUUUUUGUUCAUUCGAAUUUUGAGGACGAGACUAUGAUAGAAGCCAUGGUUAAAAUAUACACUUUAAUAAGGGAUAGUUAUUCCAAUGGAAAAAAUUCCAAUGGGGAUAGUUAA